UUUUAGUUAUUUUUACGAUUUUCAUCCGUUUAGUUGUUUAGUUCGAAACGAUCGCCGCCAAUGUUGCUGCUUCUUGUUGCCACUACCACACAACUGACAGCUACUCCAACAUAUAUUUUUCACUUCGAUUGACAAAUAAAUACCAAAAAUAAAAAUAAAAUAAAAAAUACAACUUGCAAAUGUGAUAAAUAUCGUCCAACGAUUAAUUUAAGAAGCAAAAAAACGUUUUUUUAGCUCCUCGUAAAUAGCGAACGUGGAAAAUAAGCGCGGCGUGAAUUUCUAUUUUUAAAAGUUUAAUUGUUUAUUAUAUGGAACACCAAAAUAAGAUAGAAAAUUCCUGGUGAGGAAUUUGGCGAAGACGACGACAACGUUUAUUGCUGCUACACCGACGAACGACAAAAUAAAGUGUUUUAUUUUUAAAUAUUUUUUAUGUGAUUAAUUUUAGUUAGAUAUAAAUAAAGCCAACAGCAAAACAAAAACAUAGCAUACGAAGAAAACCCAAAACAAAAUCCACACACUAUGUUUAAAUUUCCCCUAAAACGUCAUCACAAUCAUUCGUCGAAUCAUCAUUCAAAUACCAAAUCGGCAACGUCACUGAGUAAUGAGGGCUUUAUUUUUAUACGUUGCGGUCAUAAUCAUUUGAACAGUGCCAACAGUAACAACAGCAACAACAACAUUGGCAAUAGCAUCAUUACUGAAAACAGCUACAACAACAACAGCAGCAAUGGCAGCAAGAUUAGCAGUAACAAUUCGACCAACAUCACCGAUAUCAGCAAUGCCGAUAGUAGCCCCUAUCCUAACAAAAAAUAUAUUGCAAAAAGUACUGUCCAAUCAUCCUGGCGACCACAAUUGCCUCUGCCAAAAGAACUACAACUUUCAAAUGAAAACAUUAGUGAACUACAGCAACCUCCACAAGAACCGUCGCAUCCAUACCAACAACUACAAUUGCAACAACAACAGCACCAACAAAAACAAAACAAUUUCUAUCCACACCAGCAACAACAAUACGACGUCAACGAUCUUGACGAAAUACAAAUCAUUGAAAGCGAUAUGGAUCGUUUUCACAUGAGCAGUAAAAAGGAUCCUUCGUUAAAUGGCUCACAGCUGUCGAAUGCCAGUCACAACAACAACAGCAAUUCGAAAAAAUGGUCCUUCGGUCGAUUCUUUCGUCGAAAUAAAAAAGAAAUUGAAUCCGAGUCAUCAUCGGAAGAUGAUCGCAAAGCUGGGUUUUCGCCAGCCCAUAAAUAUCCGCGUUCAAGUUCAGCUGCCACCUCAACGCCAAAUAAAAAAUCCAAGUCCAAGGCAGCAGCCAAUAGUUCGGCAGCAAAUCGUAAUAGUCGAGCGGGAGGAUUCGAUCACAUUGUUGUCAGCCCCAUAUCAGGCAACUCAUCAUCGACUGUUACCUCUCCGGUAAUUGGACACAUAGACAAUGAAUUCUUUUUGCCCGUGGAAACGGUGUCGCCCAUGGGCUCUCAGGAGCCAUUCUAUCAAAAUCAAACCCAGCGUUUGCAUCACUCUCAACAGUACCUGUCGCAUGCACCACAAACGCAACAACAGCUGCUGAGUAAAUCGGCUCAUUCUCUGGAUCGUCGAGCAUCGCGUGCAAAGCAACGUUCGGCCGCGAUGGCUGCGGGACAUAGUCCACAAGUAGUGCCAGGCUCAUCGAGCGAAGAGGAACUCAUAUCCCUGAACUCUUCCACGUUUUCAAAAUAUCGCAGUGAUGAGAGCAUUCACAGUGGUGGCCAGGGACACAAUGGUUCCGGCAUGAGCCGUAAGAGCAGGGCUGCGCGUAAUGAACGUUACUACAAGCGACUCUCACGCGAUGGAGAGGUUAGCCAUGGCCAGGUGCCGGUUAUGCUUGCCCAACAACCCACGCAGCGGUGGAAAACCCAACCGGUUCCAUUAUCGAUUUAUCAACCACCAUCAACGGCUCGCCAACAUCCUGAGCCUCAGCUUCGAUCAUCCGUAGAUAAUGCCUCUAUUUCCAAGCUGCGUAAUACCAGCAGCCUACAGCAUAUGGCACCCUAUGUGCAAUGGAACCCCCAGCAGCUGCAACAGCGUGCGCAGCAACAACAACCUUCAAAGAAUUUACAAAAUUCGGUAAAUGAAGCCAAGCGUAGCAUUAGCUAUGACAGUCACAUCCAUUUGCAAAAUAUCAAUGGGCGGAUGCAAACUAAGCCAUUGCCCCCUCCACCACCACCAAGGGAUCCACUGCGCCGAGUGAAUGUGGGAAGUGGCCACUUACAGGAGGGCAGCUCCAGUGAUUUGAGACCAAUUUCUUAUGCCUUCGAUCAGACGGGGGUACCCGUACUGCCAGCCUCGGGUCUGAGUGGUCGUUGUGUUUCGGAUGACAAGAUCUGGGCCCAACAUCAGCCACAGUAUCAGUCGAUACGUUCCCUGAAUAUUUCUGCAAAUCAGGGCAAUCAAUCAGGAGUGCAGCCUCAAAAUCGCCGCUUCAUUACCCGAGCCGAUCGAGAUGCCCAUCCUGGCAAGAAAUCAUUGCCAAAUGGUUUGGAUUUCCAUUAUGUGGCCGAUGCCACGCCGCGAUCCCGUAAACCCAUUCACAUGCUGGAGGCGGGCAAUAAAACCGCACCUUAUGGCGAUGAGGGCGAAGAACAGCCUCCUUCUUCGGGUAUUUUGCGCACCACCAAAAGUGGUCUGCCCACAUCACCGACCAAAGUCAAUGCCACUGAAUUUUGGAAACGCAUGGAUGGUUCUAGCCAAAAUCUGGUUACACCCACUCCCGCGCCCAGGGGAAGGGAUGUGCAGAGGUCUAGCGUUGAUAGCACUGCUGGCAUCAACAUGAAACCCAGAUCCGUUUCGUCUUCUAGGCUCAGCGAGAUGAGAGCCUAUCCCAUGCCCAUGUAUUCGGAAGUAUAUAAACCGAACAAGACAAAGACAUCACCUCAGCCGCGGGCUGCCUCACCUCAUCCCCAUCAGGGUCAGGAUGAAGUGGACGGUGUGGUGUGCGGCAGUUUGCGUAUCAAACCAGCCCAGGACAAUAGCAGCAGCAAUUAUGUUGAGAUACGCAACAAAGAUAUGCCAAAGUCGCAUUCAAUGCCGGACCAUUACCACCGACGCUCGGGUGAAUUGAGUGUUGCACCCAACAAGUAUGAGGAAUAUGUCAAUGAACGCAGGGAACAGCAUCAGAACGCCCCACAGCCACCACAGAGAAAAUUGGUGGGCGUACCCAAUAUACCGCAACUUAGUUUCCCACGCAAGAAACCGGCCAACUUGGAAGAGGCCAUAAAUGAAUUGGAAGCUAUUUAUCGCUCCCUGGGGCUAACUGAGCCAGAGGCCACGGAAACGGUGCCAGGACCAAUAACGAAAAAAGACCGUGUUCCUACACCAAAUGACUUUGAGAAAUAUGCCCUGGCCCAUGCCGAUGAGUACGACGAUGACGAUGAUUCUCCCACCGGAGAACCGGAUCCCAUACGGGACGAUGUGGCCUAUCGCAAUAUUAAACUGGCCAAUUUGCAACACAAGACCGUGGAGAAACAGCCACCCUUUGGCAUACCCAUAGGACCCAUUGUGCCAGCUUCUCAAACCGAUUAUUUGCAUGUCAAGCCCAACAACCAGGUAGAAUUUCUAAAGAAGGACACCAAGGCCCCAGAUGUAAUCAAGGACGAUUUGGCUGUAAGGGCCUUGCGCAAAGAUCCCUUGCAGCCGAAGGAGCGUUUUCAAUACCCCUCAAGUGUGCUGCCAAAGAAAAAUCGUGCCACUCGCACGCAAUCGGCCAAUAUUUAUGCUCUCAUUCAACGCGAUGCCGCCAAGCCUUCGGGUGGAGAUUUAUAUUCGUACAUGGAGUUAACAAAGAGCAUAGAUCGCUCAGGCAGCAUGUCUGAUUUACACAAAAAGGGCCAAGAGGCAGAUGAUAUACCGUCCACUUUGAAACUAUUGCAAAGCCUUAAGGAACAGGAAAACGAACAAAAUACGGUGGCAGUAUGUUCGAAGAAGUCUCACAUACCCUUCCGCCACCCUAGUCAGGGUGGGGCCAUAUGUCAAUUGCCACAGAAACUGAGUACUGGUGCAGAGGAAAAGAAAACCCUUGUGGUCCAGCACCAGAAACCCACACCAAAGCCAAGGAAAUCUCUGACCCCAGAACCGCAACAGGGCGAAACAAAUAAAAUGGAAGAGGCACUCAACAAAAUUGCCCAAGAUGCUCAAGAGAGUAGCAUCAAGUUGAGCCAAGAGCUACAGGAGUUGCGCAAGGAGGCCUUGAUUACCCAGUCGAAGCCGAAGCGCCAAGAUUCCCACGACGACAAAUUCGAGCAAGAUUUACAGGAAAUCGAAAAGGUCUCCCAGGCGGCCAAGAAAUGUGGCAAACUAUUGUUGGAAACUUUGCCCGAUAGUGAUGAAGUGGCGCCCAACGAGAAGGCUCCAAGGAAACUGCACAAAGAAGAUAAACUCAUACAGGCCAUCGAUCAAGUAUCCGAGGCCGCCAAUAAGGUGUGUGAGAAGAUACUCAAAGACAUUGUGACCACCGAACCACCUGUUGUAGUACAAGAAGCUGUGCAAGUCAAGCAAACCCAGCAGCAACAACCACCAUCACCAGCCGUCAAUCCAAGCAAAAAGGAUACUACCUCGUCGUUGGUAAUACCAACACUAAUCAAAAAACUGGAUCCCAUACAAUCGGAUAAGAUUGAGGCAAUUGCCCGACGUUGUAUGCGCCAGCUAAGCGAUCUGGCUGACAAUCACGACUAUGACAAUCUCAAUCAGCCCGAAAUAUCGGUGGCCUCAACCUGUAAUUUGGAAGCUAGCAAUUCUAAUAAAGUUCAAAGUCCCAAUGAUUUGUCAACUUCUACUCUUACAGAAACGCCAAAAGCUUUUGUGGCCAGCAAGCCACAAGAGCCGAUGAUCGAAGACAUUGAUCAGAUAAUGAGAGAAUGUGAAGAUCAGGCACGCAAGCAAGAGAUGGCCAAAACCACCAGCACCACAACGGCCUCGGCCACCACCAGGGCUGCCAGCAGUUCCCAUGGCCCUUUGACAAAGGUGCCGCCACCACCAGCAGGUUGCAGUGCCACUGCCUCCUCCAUUUCAUCUUCCAGUGAUUGUCUGGCCAAAUCAUCUAGUCCAACGGCCAGUCGCCGUUUUUCGUCCAGCAUUACCUCAUUCAAUCCUUAUUCGUCCAGUGAUUAUAUCAAAUCACCCAGUAGUGAAUACCAUGCACCCAGCACCGAUCGCAUUAAGUCCUGUAGCACGACAUCCUACGAUGUACAAUCGACAACGAGUGCCACGCCAAAUAUAACCACCACCAAUAGUGUGGCCAGCAAUUUCAGCUGUUCACCCUCACCGCCACCGCUGAAUCUGACACCGGUCAGUAACUGCAGUGCCACGCUGGCCUGUUCAUCAUCGCAGCGGGCCCGUUCGUCAUCGCCCUCGCAGUACAACUCUUCGGAGGAGCUGGCCAUGAUAUUUGGCAUUGAAGACAAAUCGGGCGCCAAUCGUAUGCCACGCACUUCGAAACUACAAAAACACUCAGAAUCCGCAAUUGAUAGCUCGGUGAACGACUUAAGUUCUGAAUCAGCCACUGCCAAAACUAGCUGCCAGCUACAACAACAAAAUCCCCAACCCCUGCAACUGCAGCAUCCCCAAUCAGAGCAACAACAACAAUCUCUACUUAAGAAACAACAAAAUUUCAAACGUUACCAAGGUCAUCAUCCGCACUUCCAUCAUCAUACGGCCCCCGCCUACUACACGGACCUACAUUUGCGCAUACACACGCCCGAGGUCAAGGAUUCGCUGAAUGAGAACUAUCAAAGUGUCUACAGGACCCCCUCGAAAUUGGUAAAGGACGAACGGCAAUUUCCCAAAACGGCCACAGCCGUGGUGCCACCAGCCAUUAUCCAAACGCCCAGAUCACCCACACCAAAGUCACCAAGGGAGGUGACCAGCACCGAACAGCAGGAAGGCAAUUCCACCACAUCAACGGCCUCGUUUUUUCGUGGGGCUGGUUCCGGUCUUCCAAGGGAGGAACAGCAGCCAAGAAGUGCCAACGAUCCGUACGGGAGCUCAUCACCAAGUUUGGCGAACCCUGCAAAAGGUAAUAGUCCCCAUGAUCAUCUUCCCCCCGCUGUCGCUAAUGCCGAUGGUAGCGUAGUUUUUGCUUGUACCAAUUUUAAGCCCUGCAAAGCCACGGAUUUUGCCCCGCAACCGACUGGCUCUCCGCGCCAAUCACCUGCCGCCGGAGGACGUAGCAGCCGUAAUCCGCAACGCUUCAGCAAUCGACGUCGCGCCGUGCGUGUGCGCAGUGAAUCACGCCCCAUUAGUGCCCUCUACGACAUAAUAUGCAAAGAAAAGGGUCUCGACAUUGGCAGUUCCACAUCGAACGACGAAGAUUUCUCGGCGCCUAACAGCCACGACGAACGCAACGCCACACGAUCUCGUCGAUCGCAUUCGAGAUCGUUGAGCAAACAAACAAAAGCGGCCAGUAGUUGCAACGUCAUGAUGUCCCCGGGUGGUGAGGCAAGUCAAUCACGCGGCGGCAUGGUGGGUCAGAAGAAACGUCAAACCAAAGACAAGCGUUCUUCUUCGUCGAUUUUUAUCAAUGACCUCAGUGACAAUGAGGAUGACGAUGGUAGCCUCUUGCAUCAUGCCGAAGAUGGCGAACAUUCGGCAUUGCAUCACCACCAGCACCACCAAAAACGGCAUCUGCUGAUGGGUGAUGCCCAAAUGAAAUCUUCUUCCCUGCCGCCGGGCCUAAAAAGUCUAUCCGAUUAUAGUUUGAAUAUUGAAAAUCACAACAACAAAAACAAUCAUCAUCAGCAUACUCAACAUCCACAUCAACAUCCCUCCAGUAAAGUAUCUCAAGACUCCCUAAAGACUCUCCAAACCAGUAGUGCUAGUGAUAAUGUACUUAAUGCUAACUAUUCAUCAUUAUCUUCAUCCGCGAAACCAAUUCCGCCUUCUGUGGCCGGAGCAGGUGCUGGCACCUCAACAGCAGCAGCAGCAGCGGCAGCCGCAAUGGUUUCGUCGCCUAAAGCCGAACGUUCAUCACGUAAAUAUAGACGUUCACGCGAUGAAAAGCCAAGACGUCACACGGAUGGUGCUGUCCACAUUAUGGCAGCCGAACAAAUGGAUGACCAGCAGGAGCAGCCGCAACAAUACCCGCAUCAUAGUCAUCAUCACCAUCCUCAAUCUCUCCCUCCUGCUCCCAUGUCUCUGCAAUACGAUGAUCACGAUGAUGCCGAUCACACGCAUCGUCAUCAUCAUCAACAUCGCCAUCAUCACAAACAUCAGCAUCAUCACCAACCUGAGCAGUUCCCUGCAUCAGAGUUGCAGCAUUCGCAUCAUCAUCAUCAUCAGCAACAUGAUUUAAAUGGUGCCGGUCACGAUUUUCAUGUAUCCGCUAAUGCUGCAAAUGCCAAGAGAUUCAUAACUCGUUCACAGCGUGCCACUUCGGCUGGUAUCAUCAAUGGUGGUGGCGGUGGUGGUGGACAGCCCUGUGAUUCAUCAACGUCUGCCUGCAAUUCGCCCAUACAAAGCGGUCGUUUAUCACCGACGUUGUCGUCGUCCAUAGCGCCGACAACGAGAGCAUCUCCUUCAUCAUCAUUACAGCAACAGCAACAACAACCAGAUAUACCUCCUCAUCUUUCGAAAUCGCCAACUGCUGCUGGUGCUGCUGUCCACUUGGGAAAAACUGAAAACGGCUUUGCUGCUGCAAUUGGUGGUGUUAACGACGACAUGACCAACAAUUCUGGCCGUGGCGUCAGUGUAAAACCACCUCCAGUUACAAAAACGCCUGGCGUAGCCGAAGACAACAACAGCAUCAAUACAAUAGCGGCAACAACAACAACAACGCCGACGACGACAACAAAGAUAAAGAAAAAGUCAAAUGCCUUGGAUUUGAUGAACAGUCAAAUUCCAUUAAGCGACGAGAACAAAGCCAGCAAAACAAAGGCGGAGGCAACACCGCCAGCCACCACUGGCAGCGUCAGCAACAGCAAUCCGUCAAAUCAGACUGGGUUAAAUACUGUAGCGGUUGUUGCAACAACUCCAGCGGUCAUAUCAGUAGCUACCGGCUGUCCCCCGGCUAAUACCAUUACCAGUUCAAACCCAAUUGAUGACAAUACAGUCUGUCCAAACGUUUCCAUGGAAAUUCAUAUUCGUCAGCCACAACAUCAUCACCAGUACCACAACCACCAUCAUCAUCAGCAGCAGCAACAGCAACAGGAGCCACUGCCAUGCAACACUGCUGCUGCUGAUGUUGCCCAGAAAUCAUCCAAUAAAAUAGGUCAAAUCACUUCCUCCCAACAUCAUUACAAUAAUUUCUAUCAUAGCAAUUGCCUAAAUGGCGGCAAUAGCAAUUAUGCCACGCCCACAACUUCAUCGGUUUUGAAACAGCGUAAACAGCCUGGAAAUUCUAAUUUGCCUAAAUUACGUAAAUGUCCUUUGUCGCCGCUUUUAAUUUCUGCUGCAAAAAUGCCCAUAACCAUUCAUGCGAAAACACCAACAACACCCAUUACACCACCAUCAACGAUUUCGAUAAAUUCAAAUACUACGACUACAACAACAACAACAGCAACGAAAACCCCAACACCACCAACAACAACAAUUGCAAAUGAUUUGCAAUAUUUAAAUGAGGGAAAACAGAUUCCACCAAUUAACAGCCCCCUUAAUGUGGUCACCGGUAGUUCGUGUUCCUCUUCUGUUUGUUCCUCGUCUCUGACUACUACGCCACUGUCGCCCAAUAACAAUUGUCCUUUGUCAGUGCAUUUAGUGCGUACAACGAAAACAACCCGUUUACGUGCCGCCGCACUGGAUAAGAAAAAAGGCGAAGUAAACCAUCAAAACCACCAGCAUCAACCUCAACCACAACAUUUUACCUCCCCAACAUCGCCGAACAAACAACGUUCGAGCAUUUCUGCUGAUAAAGCGACUCCUAGUGGAUCUGAGGGUGAACAAAACGGUCGGCAAAUGCCCAACAGCUGUUCGCCUACAAAUCGUUCCAAGAAGUUGGUACCAUCCAUGUCCGUGUCGUCGGUAAAACAGAAUUUAAAUGAAAUGCACUGUACCGCAGCAACGAAAGCCACCAGUCCACGUUCGGUGAAUACCAAUUCACCAAAAUCUCCAAAAAAUAAAAUCUCAAAUUCUGCAACCACGUCAGUGGAAUGCACCGUGAAGGUGCCCUCCUCACCCAAGUCCUCACCCAAACAAUCCGCAAUGAAUCGACAAAGUGCACCACCCAAUCUUCAGGUAGAUGAUAUCGAUGAUGAUUUUAUGGAAAUUCAUGAUUUGCCCAUGGACGAUGGUCCGAUGUUGCGACCACGUUGUUCCACCAUGCAAAAUGAGGCAAAGGAAAAACGAAGAUCGGGAUCCAACAAUGAAGCGCCAUUGGAAUUAAGUCCUGUGCAUAGGAGUAGAAAUUCUGAUCGUUCGCCCCGCCGUCCCGAGGAACGUGAUAAAUCAUCGAAACGUAAAUCGAAUUUGAAUCGUUCACAAAAUGAAGAACCGAUUCAAGACAGUGAUGAAGCUGCUGCACGUCGACGCAAACGUCGUGAAUUGGGCAUGGCUCGAACUUUGGUGCCUGCAGAUGAUGCCGGUGCUGCGGUCAAGGAACUGUUAACAUCUCCCUCUAAGGCUCAGCCAGGCUCCCCGCCCAAACCCAGCUCGCGCAAUGAUUUAUCCUAUCACAUGGAAUUGGCCAGAAGGGGUCUAGAUCAAGCCUCCAAUGCCAAUGCAAUGGCAAAUCGCCGUCGUGCUCAGACAGCGAGUCCCAAACAUGUCAAGGAAUCAUCAUCUCCACCCAGUGGCAGUAGCAACAGUAAGGCGGCAGGUCCUGUGUUACAAAAAGUGAGUCGUCGUUGCGACACAGUGGCCAUUGGUGAACUACGCAAGCAGCGAACCGAUGAAGUGAAUCGUAAAUUAAAUGAACGCACUCGCAGUGAUUUGGCUGAAAUAAUCAAAAUAGCCGAAAUCGCCAAUGACUGUUCGGAAAGUGCUGCAAAUGCCAUAAGUGAUCUAACAAAAACCAUGAAUCGUCUGCGCACCAGUCAGGAGCGUGAUGCCGCCACAGAGGAGGCCAAUCGUUGUUCACCCGGCAAACAUACAACUUUCCAUCAGGAAGAACGUAUCUACUAUGAACCCGAUCCUCUGGAACAUAUCGAUCAAAAUGGCUCUGAGCUACAGGAACGUUCAAAACUGGGUGGUAUUUUACGUUCACAGCGUAUGCUCAAGGCUCGCAGCAUAGAACGUGAAUCCAGUUUUGAACCUCCCAAACUUUCACCCAUUCUCAGGCGUAAAAGUACCGAUGAUCCCCUCAGCAAUGCUCCACACCAAUCCGGCAAUCAAAUUGUCUCCAUACUCAAGAAAAAAGAUCAUCUAUCGGCAUGUGAAUCUAGUUCUGCUUCGAGCAAUGCCUCACCCGUCACCUUUUCGGCCAAUGUCAUGGACACUCCUUCGAAACAGAAACGGGCUGGUAUCCUGAAAAAACGUUCUUCACUCGAUGAGUCACGUUACUAUUCCCGGUCUCACUCACCGGAUGAGCGUAGCAUCUUCAUUAAGUCAGCUCGUCGCAAUUCUCUCGAAGAGACGGCAGCCAAUGGUAAUAUGUCGGGUAAUUGUUCCUUAACUCAGGGUCCCCAUGGCAUUCUAAAGCAAAGCAGCUAUGAUAGCUUUAAAAGUGAUAGCUGCCCAUCGGCUGGCGGUGCUGUGGGUGGUGGAAGUUCUGGUGAAUCCCAACAUCCCCAUAGCAUACUCAAGAAAAAGGAUUCCACCUCCACGCCCUCCGAUCUUGCUCAACACGCCACCAAACAUGUUUCCAUAUCACAAGCUGUUAUAUUAGCGGCAGCUGAGCUGUCGGCCAAUGAAACGGCAGAAAAUGUCACAUUUGGUGAUGAUGUCAGUUUUACACCCAGCAAUGAAGAGUAUGACAUCAAGCCCAUACUCAAGCUGGAGACCUCAACCACAGAAGAUUCUGUCAGACAACCAAAACCGAUUCUAAAGAAAAAAUCUUCAGGCGAUUCGGAUGAACAUGAAAUCAAGCCAAUACUCAAGACAUCACGAAAGUCAAGCAGAGAGGAAUUUGAAUUUGAUCCAUUCUCGGAAAGUGAUUCCACCUCACAUGGAGAGCCGUUGGUAAAACCUAUACUCAAGACGGAUUCUCCUUCGAAGCGUCGCUCUCUGGGGCCCACCGACGAUGAUCCCGAUGCGGAACGUGAGUCAGCAACCUCACCAUUUAUGUUGAAAAGACGCACCCGUUCAUUGGAACGUCAAGACCACACACCUGUGAUAGAUUUGGGUGCCGCACUCAAUGCUAUUGCUACCUCACAAGAAAACACUGACGAUCUGGUGGCCAGUCUCACAUCUUCAACUCCGGGUGCCAAUGUAUCGGUGGCCGAUCGUAUCAAAUCAAUGGAAAAGUUCCUUACCAAUCAAAAUGCCGCCACGGCUGGUAGUAAUUCUGCCAUCAAUACAUCGUGGGAAUCGCCAUUGCAGAAUGAUCCCAAUAAAUCGGAAGAUGUUGCUACUGCUGGUGGCAUGGCUGCUGCUGGCGCAGGCGCGGUGAAAAUAUUGAAACCCAGUGUCAUACGCCGUGAUCUCCUCAAGGAUAGAUAUAAAACACAACCAGUAACCAGUGAUGAAAAGAAUUUCUUCAAAAGCAACGACUCUUCAACAUUGUAUACCUCACCCGCCGGUUCAGCUUUCAAACCGGCCAAGUCGUUGGAAGGUCUCGGUUUUAUCAACAUUACCGCACACGGCAAUCAAUCGCCCAACGCACCGCCAUCUGCUUUUGCCCUAACGCGUUCCUACACCCAACCGCUGCAACCGUUAAAGCAUUCGUUGAGUAACGCCGCCGUUGUAACGUCUACAUCGACACCACCCCCAACAGCCGGUCAAGCAUCAACUUCGUUUAAGGCACGCAAAACACCCACCCGUAACGAUUCCACUACCAAUCAAUCGGAUUUAACGCAUUCGUUUACGGGCGAUUCGGGUCUAUCGUGUGACAGCAAUAGUGAACAACGUAUCUUCGAAAUGUCUGGCCUAGAGCAGGACGUUGACAUGAUUGAAAAUCAGGAACCAAAAACCCCAUCGAAUACUGCCGAUGUAUCGUCCGGCGGCUCAUCGUCGGGCAGUGGCAUAGUGCGUACGAAUAGUGUACGCGCCCGGGCCAAUAUGUUCCAACAGCUGCAGGAGAAGACAAACAAUGGAAGCAAUAACGGUCUCAAUCGGGAAGAACGCACUUCGCCGAGAAGAGUACCGCGUCGUUUGUCACCUUCUCCAGCUGCGAACGCCGAUGAACCACGUACACCCAAUAAUCCACCUCUGAAUCCGGAUGAAGAAAUCGAACCCUCUUCAUUGCCUGUCUCGGAACGCUUGAGAUUUUUCAGUAGUCUCAGUGAAUCACAUAAUCGCAAUUCCGGCUCCUAUACACGAAGUCCGCCCUUGGGUUGCAUAGAACGCAGCUCCAGCCUGAGUUCGUAUGGUGGCUAUUUUAUGCCCACCACACCCAGAAGUAGUACCAGCCAAAGUAGUGCCAGUGUUACGCCCACACCCAUGGAAUGUGGUGGAUCAUCGUCACAGCAGCAGCAGCAACACCAACAAUGGCCUGUCACACUCGCGGAAUCGCCCACAAUUCUUAAGCGAGACUUGGCAGCAACAACCUCCCAAACAGAUGGCCAAUGCCAAAGUUAUCAGCUGCAAAAGAAUGCCACAAUACAUGAUUUCAGCGAUUCCCGGGAGGUCAUUAAGGCCGAUAUUGUGAAGACCUCACCAUUUUUGCAAGCCACAAAUCGGGUCAGCGCCACACCGGCCCAUCUGGCUAAUGCCGAUACCACACCCACAUCUACGCUCACACCCACCAUGAAACGCAUCAAACUGAAGACCAUUGGUAAGCUAAUGCUGCCCACCACCUUCCUCAACAAUGAUCGCAACAACAACCAUACGAAGGAGAAUAAUGGCAGCUCUUCGGCCGGCAGUUCCACCACGACUAGCCUCAGCGAGCAGAACAGUGUGGACAGCAAUGAUUCGUCGUCACAACAGCCACCGAAGAAAAUUGGAAAAAUCAAAUCUCCCUUCAUUGAGAACUGCAAUCAAAUGCAACAGAACAAGGUUCAGCUGGGCAGUAAAUGUAUGAAAUUUGAUUAUCGCAAUCAUGAGGGUGGCAACUCCACGGCCCUGUCAUCUGUGGAAAAUAGCAAUGAUCAUCAUCACCACAGCAACAAUGUGGUGAGCAAAUACUUCAAUAAUUCAGCAAAUGGCCUUAGCAAUGGCCAUCAUCACCAACAGGAAGAUUCCAACACAGAUUCCGGCAAAGAGAACAUUGAUACCUCCUCCUCCACGGGCGGCUGUAUGCUGACAGACAGCAGCAGUAGUGCCACCACCUGUAAAACCACCCCCAUUGGGGAGAUACGACGAAAAUUCACCCGAAAGGCCAACAGCAGCACCAAUACACAAUCGCUCAACACCAGCGGCCCGGCGGGCACACGCACCCAACUAACGCCCAAAUCGGCAUCCUUUACCGGUCCCCAUUCGUCCUCGCCACAAAUCGACAGUAAAUAUGCCAAAUAUUUUGGCAUGUCGAGUAGCAGCAGUAAAACGCCUACCUCAGCGAAUGGCACAGCGCCUCCUGCCUUGCCCAAACAACCGCCGCCACAAUCCAACCAGCUUAACAAUAAAUCCGCCGAUGCAAAUGGCCCUAGCAUUGAGAUACGUUUUAGUUCACCACCUGCCGCCACCAAUGAGGCUAUUAAUCACCAUGUUAAUCUAUGGCAGAGUCGCAGUGCUGGCAGCAGUCGGCGGCUUAAGCGUAGUCUUACCUCCAAUCUGGCCGAACUUAAGCAGUUCGAGGAGAUUGUGGUCACCGAAAGAGAGUUGAAACAGGCAGCCAAAGAAUUCGACAAUCUGCUGUGUGGUGAAUCGGUACUUCAGCAGCCCACAAUGGUGGUGGAAUUGGAGAAAAUCUUUUCGAGCAUUGUGUGAUAGGCAAGGGCGGCGAUGUCAACUCACGUGGACAUUGUGUGCCACCGAGGGAUUGAGUGUAUCCUGUUGGAAGCAAGGCUUUCCAUUUUCAAGUGAUAUUUAAUAUUUCAAUUGUCUGUGUCUUUUAUUUUUCUUUUUCUUCGUGGUGAUGUUUGCUGUACGUGAUCGUAAUUUAAUUUUCAGGUUUAUGUUUGUAUGUUUCUUGGGAAAACGAAAAGGAAAAGGAUCCAUUGUCGUAUCCACCAACUGUCAAAAGUGUUUAUUUACUCAAAAUAGAAAAUGUAUGGAGAGGAAGAAAGAAUUUAAGGCACUGAAAGGAGGAGAAGAAAAGUGGAACAAAAAACACCCAGAAUGUUAUGGUGAUAAGGAUUUCAAUUCAGGCUAUCAAAGGACUUGCCAGGGGAGGUUUGAAGUUAUGAAAGACCAACGUGGGCUGUAAAAAAUAAGAUUUAGCAUUCGUAUCGAUCUGUAAGCCUUAUUGAUAUUUGAAAUUAGCUCCAACGAAAAACUCUAUUCAAUUCAGGCUUUUAAAGCACUUCCCGAGGGAGUCCUAAAGUUAUGAAAGACAAACCAAUUUUAAAAAUCAAUUCGGUAUAAAUUCAAUUUAGUAUUCGUAUCGAUCUGUAAGCCUUAUUGAUAUUUGAAAUUGGUACGUUUUCAAUUCAAAACAAUUUCAAAAAUCAAUUCGGUACAAGUCCUAUUUUGCUGUAAAGAAACAUAAUUGUGAUUUGAACUUCAAAGAAUGUCUAAUCGCAAAAGUGUACAAACAGCUAACUUUAUUGGCAAAUAGUUAUCAAAAGAAGUAUUAUUAUGAAACUUUAUAUAGACCUUCAUUCGGUAUUUGAAAAAUUAUAUUUUUCAUUUAAGGAACGCCAAAUUCUAUGUGAAUUUUUGAAUUUGUGUAUUGAAUCAAAUUUUGAAAAAGUCGCCUAGAAUUUAUGCUUUUCUUUGGCGUUUAUUGUCAUUCGACAUACAUACGCAGGCCAAAAAUUGAAAGUAUGAAAGCAAUUCUAUUUCAUAUACAUCCACUCGAAUAAAUAAGGCUCCUUUUCUCAAUUUUUUGAAUUAUAAAAAUAUACAUAUUUUUCGUACGGAAGAUAACUCCGUUUCUCAACUCCUCCUAACUCCUCAAAAAUAGCUCCACCUAGAUAUUCUUAAAACUCAGCCUAUAUUCUCACACAGAAAUUUCUAUUGAGAGAGCUGUACUACAGUGGAACCUUUCCCUUUGUGAAUCCAUUCUUAAUGGGUGAAAAUAAACUCCACAAAUUCUCUGAAUUUCAUUACCCGCCUCUCAGUGCUGUUCGAAGUAAACUUUCCAUUAUUGCCUCCUCUAUUCAAAAUAAGAAUAUUUGUUUUACUCCCUUCUAAACUACUUUAAAUUCAUAAUAUUUUUUUAUGGUAAAACUAAAUUUUGUAUUUUAUUAUUAUUAUUUUUUUUAUCACAUAUCUAUAUUCAUAGAAAAACAAAUGUUUUAUAUAUCAUCCAUUCUGUUUAAAUUUAAUGUAUUUAAGCUAUAUAUGUAUGUAUGUAUUUGUGAGUGCAAAGCAAAGCAAAACAAGCAAAAAAAAAGAAACUUAAAAAUUAAACUCUAAUUAAUUAAUUUUAUAUCAUUUUAUAAAAUCAGAGAGAUGCUAUAGCUUAGAUUUGGGGGAAAGAUUGGCAAAUGAUGUGCCUUAUUAGACUCAAAAGUGAAUAGAGUGGAUCUUCCACAAUUGCGGACAUGAAAUAUUUCCCAUACUGUACUCAGAAUUCAAAGGGUUGAAUAUCAAAAAAUUAGGGACACGAUUUUAAGAUUAUUGUUGGUCUUAUUUUUCCCUUAUUACAUUUUUUUCAGGAUCGAAGGGUCAAUUUCGGUAUGUCGAUUCGAAAUUGAAUUUGAAAAAAAAAAAAAAAUCACAAAUUCUAUGAGCAUUUUUCAAGUUAAAUAAACAUCGAAAAUUUGAAAAACAUGCAAGGAAUGGGGGUUUUCUUUUGAGUUCACUUCCGAAUCGCAAUAAAAAACAUUUACAUUUCUACGAAAUUUUCAGACACAAAAUGUUUUUCUACCAGUUAUCAGAAUUCAAACUGUUAAAUAUCAAAAUAUUGGGUAGAUGAUAUGAAAAUCCACUUUUUGGGCUCAAUUUUCCCCUGUACGAAAUACCGUCAUUCAAAAAAAUAUUUUAUUCCCAUUUCCCUACAUCCUUGCAACUUUAAUAAAAGCCUUGUCAUUUUCUUUUAUAUCUUUAUAUUUUCAAAAUUUCUCCUAAAGCUUUUUCUUUUUGUUAAGAAAAACGAAUUUAGUAUGAAACUUUUUUGAUUUCACCUAAUGGAAAAUAUCUACUUGAUUUCAGAUUUCCAUGGACAAGUUUGUAUUUUUCAGUAAAAAAAAAACUUUUUUCAUUUUUUAAAUGUAAUAGUUGAAAAUGAAAUUUGAAAAAUUUGCAAUUAUUACAAUUAAAUAUAUGGAUAAUUCUUUAAAGGCUUAAUUAUUGUUGCAAGUUAUUAUAAAAACGGUCGGAUAUUUCGAAUAUGGAAAUUUGAGUUUGAAAAGGGAGGAUGUGGGAGAGUCUCCCCAACAAUGAUUACCAAGAAUUCGUAAAGAUUUUAUCCACUUUUCUUAUCGAACAUAUCCAAAUCUGCCACUUUUGGCAGAUAAAUUAUAUAUUUUAUACAUUUUCAUUCAAAAAUUAUCCAAGUUAGGUCAGAUAAAUUAUCCGCAUUUGAUGGAUAAAUUUUCCACAUUUGGUAGAAAAAUUAUCCACCUUUGGUGCAUAAAUUAUCCAAAAUUUGGUUAAUGGAUUAUCCACUUUUAGUGGAUAAAAUAUCCACAUUUGAUGGAUAAAUUAUCCACGUUUGGUGGCUAAAUUAUUCAGUAUUUGUGGAUAAAUUAUCCACUUUUGGUGGAUAAGUUAUCAACUGUUUUUGGAUAAACUAUCCAUGUUUGGGGGAUAAAUUAUCCACUUUUCGUGGAAUAUUAUCCUCGUUAGGAGCAUAAUUUAUCCACAUUGGGUGAAUUAUCCACGUUGGUUAAAUUAUCCUACAUUUGGUGAAUAUAUUAUCCACUUUUGAUGGAUAAAUCAUCCACUUUUGGUGGAUAAAUCAUCCACAUUUGGUGGAUAAAUUAUCCAUAUAUAGUGGAUAAAUUAUCCACGGUUUGUGGAUAAAUUAUCAACAUUUGGUGGAUAAAUUAUCAACUUUUGUUGGAUAAAUUAUCCAUGUUUGGUGGAUAAAUUAUCCACUUUUCGUGCAUAGACUAUCCCCGUUAAUUAUCCACACUAUCCACAUUGGGUGAAUUAUCCAUGUUGGCUAAAUUAUCCACAUUUGGUGGAUAAAUUAUACACAUAUAGUGGAUAAACUAUCCACAUUUGAUGGAUAAAUUAUCCACAGGUUCUGGAUAAAUUAUCAACAUUUGGAGGAUAAAUUGUCAACAUUUGGUGGAUAAAUUAUCUACACAUAGUGGAUAAACUAUUCACAUUUGAUGGGUAAAUUAUCCGCUUUUUGUGGCUAACUUAUCUACGGUUUGUGGAUAAAUUAUCAACAAAUAAUUGAUAAAUUAUCUAUCUUUGGUGGAUAAAUUAUCCACUUUAUGUGGAUAAAUUAUCCCCGUCAGGUGCUUAAGUUAUCCACAUUGCCUGAAUUUUUCAAAAUUUAGUGAUAAACUAUCCACAUUCGUUGGAGAAAUUAUCCACUUUUUGUGGAUAAAUUAUCCACAAUUGGUGGUUAAAUUACCCACAAUUUGUGGUUAAAUUGUCCACAUUUUGUGGAUAAGUUAUCCAUAUAUUGAGGACAAUGUAUCCCGAAAAAAGUUUAAAAAUUAUCCAAAAUUGUAGAUAAUUAUUCACAUAUCGAUCAAUUAUCUUGAAAAUGGUUUAUUUAUCAUUUAAAGGUUUUGGAUCUAUUUAUAAAAUGGAUAAUUUAAACAUAAAUAUCGGAUACAUGGUCCAAAAAGUUUGAUAAAUUUUCCUCAAGAAGUAGAAAUAUUUUCAAAAAAUGUGGAGAAUUAGUUAAUUAGUUCUGGAUAAUACCUUCCCGAUAUGCCAAAUAAUGUGGAUAAAACUGGAUAAUACCCAGAUAAUUCAGUAACUGGAGUAAUAGCGACGGAUGAAAAAUAUUCUUCUUUGAGAUUUGAAUAUUAUUGAGAAUGGAAUGAUUCUUUGAUAACGCUAGAAUUUAUAGGUAGUUUCAGUAUCUUCAACAAAAGGUUCCGGUUUUUUUAAUAACCCCGUAUCUCAAAGAAUCCUCAAGGGAUGGAUGAAUAGUGUCCAUAUUUUAGGGGACAAUUUUGGCGGUAGUAAUUAUUAGGUGGUAAAAACUUGUCCAAUCCCCUUCUUUUUUUUCACUUUCAAUACAGGAGACAAUAUUUGGAAUUUUAUAUUUUCAUAUCGUAAAUUGAAAACUUUUCUUUUUUCAUUAUUUACUUACUUUAUUUUACUACAUAAACUUGAAAAAAAAAACACAAUUUUAUGUAUUUUACAAUGCGGUGCUUUUGUUAAUUUUAUUAACAUUAACAAAACAGAUUUUUUUAAUUAUCAACAACAAAAAAGACAACAUAAAAACUCAGAAUAUGAGUUUUUUUCAUAUAAAUAUAUAAACAGAAAUUAGCUCAAUUUAGAGGAAACUAUUUGCUAAGAUUUUUUGAGAGUGAAAAUCAAAUGUUUUUUAAAAACGCAAAUUUUGUCAAAACCCAAUAAACAAACAAAACAAAAAAUGGAACACAAAAAAGGGUCUAAAAGUUGUAUUUUUUAUUUAAAAAAAAAAAAAAAUAAUCCUUAUAAUAUAUAAAGAAAUACAAAUAAAUAAAAUGAAAACAGAAAAAACAAUGCUGAACUCUAAUUUUACGACAACAAAACGAAUAUUUAGAUAAAAAAUAUAUUAAACGAAAAAAUACGAUUUACAAAAGUAAAAUAAGAAAAGCAACGAAAGUACAUAUGAAAAAAAAAAAAACAUAAACACAUUUUUAAACAUUUUUAAAAUAUUAAAUAUUAUUUGUUAAUACCAACGUUAUUAUGAUUAAUCUUAAUAUUUUUUUUUCAAAUUUAUAAUAUAUAUAUUUUUUCUGCUGUAAAUUAAUGUAAAAUUAUGUUCUUCUCUUUUUUUCUAUUAUCCUCUUGGGGCUCUCUAAUAAAACAUUUUUUUUUUUAAAUAGUCUUAACAUAAUGAAUUAUUUUCUAAACAUAAACACGUAUUUAUUUUAAAUUUACAAUACAAUUACUGCAAAUAUUAUCAUCUUAAAUAAAAAAAAACAUCAACAAUUUUAAUUUAAAUGUUGUUAACCCACGUGCUUAAUUUUUUUUAUUCCUGAAUUAAUUUAGUUAUUUUAAAUAAUAUUAACAAUAAAUAAAUUAAAUAUGAACUAGAAAUUAAAUGUUAUUUCGAGACUACAAGAAAAUAUAUAUAUCUAAAGUUAAA